AUGGGAAUUGUUUCUCAAAGUCAGACUCUCCCAGCUACUGCUGCUGGCGUGACUCCUGCCUUCGGAGAAUAUCCGCAGCCAGGAGUUCGCCAGCGUCCCAAACGCGGAGAGAUCGCUUGUCGUGCGUGGAAGGUGGGGGCAUGUGCGAAGGGCGAAAAGUGCUGGUUCGGCCACGACCCAGAGGUUCUGCGCCGCCGUGAACAAGAGGCGCAGGCGCUCUCUGAGGAGCAGGAACGCCAACGCGAGCUAGCUGAGGAACGAGCUAGACAAGAAGAGCUCCAGCAACAACUCGUUGACGCACAAGCUCAGGAAGAGGAACGUCAGCGGCGACUAGCUGAAGAACGCACACUGAGGGAGCAAGAACGACAGCGCCGUCUUGCUGAAGAACGCGCGCGACGAGAGGCUGAGGCGGAGGCCAGGCGAGAGGAGACGCGUUUGCGUCGCGAGCAAGAACGACAGGAGCGCGAAGCAGAACGUCACGCGCGUUUGGCGGAGCUCGCGAAGGAGGAGGCUGCGAAGACGAUCCAGCGGGUUGUACUCGGAUCGAUCAUCACGUUCGGUGCCGGCCUCGACAUCCAUGGAGUCAUUACAGGCUUCGAAUGCUGUAUAAUUCAAGUCAAGUCUCUUCCAGCCGACGCACGGGAGGAUGAGGUCCACGCACUGUUCACCCAGCAGGGUAUUGAUCCGUCGCGCUUUCAGCUCGUCGGCAUGAAGAGAACUCCAGGAGGAAGGCGAAAGGCAGAAAUAGUCAUUGACGCUGAGUCUGGACAUGCGCUGGCGGUUGGGCUGGAGCAGAUCGAGUUUCGGGACGAGACUCUGUCGUUCGAAGUCGGCGCAUAUAACAACCCCGGUGGGAUGUCCGCAAUCGCGGGGCACGACACAGACGUGCUCACGCUCUCAUGGCGGGCGCCGGCCGCGAGCUAUGCGGUUACUUACACUGACGCGGACGAAACGGAAGAGAAGAUGCGACAGCUCAACGGCACGCUGUACAAAGGCCGCCGGCUCAAGGUGAUGAUGAACCAAGCUCUUCAAACACGAGCAGGUCCUCAAACACGAGCAGGUCCUAUUCGCCAGCGCAUCAUCAGGAUUUAUAAUCUGCCAACGGAUGCAACAGACUCUGAGAUGGUGACGUUCACGGGCUCGCCCUGCGUUCGUAGAAUGACUGGGGGGAUCUACGACGUGGAACGCUCCCUCACGCUGCUCCAGGAAGAAGUCAAUCGCGCUGUUCCCGGCGCACUGAGGAGCUUUGAGCGUUCCUCCGCUAACGCCGAAGGCGUCAUGUCAGCUCUGGCGCGAUUCGCCUCGUGGAAUGAGGCAGAGACGGCGCGUGAACAGCUCGCUAACAAACGGUUCGAAUAUAUUGGCAAAUCUCCCAUCUGGUGCAAACUCCCGAGCCCGAUGCUCUUUACCGUCGUCAUCUCCAUUGAGCAAUACCGAGCUCAGGCGACGCUCUGGAUGGCAUUGGUUGCGAACAUCCCUGACAAGAAGGCAUGCAACCUGUCCAUUGUAGAGAAAGAUACGGUGGUAAUCAUUCGCGUGAUGGGAUCCGUCAAGCAGGCGACCGGCGCACUGAAGCUGCGUGUGGAGAGGCUCAUUUCUGGUGAGACGGUCGACGGUUGGCAUCGUUCGCUCGGUUACCAUGAAAGCCCUUUCGCGAGAAGGGUACUGGCGGAAAGUGGCGCAUUUCUGCGCACAGACUGGAGGAGACAGAUCCUCCGGCUGUGCGGGGAGCCUAGAGCGGUCGACUGUGCACGGCAGAUGAUCAAGGAUGAGCUAGAGAGGUUGGCUGCUGUCGAGCGCUCUGUCACGCUGAAGAGGCAAUCUGUGGGAUAUUUCGUCCGCCAUGCGGUCCCGGCGUUGAAGGAAAUGCUUGGGGAAGAGAACGUAAAAUUCGACAUUUCAACUCGCGUCAUCACCAUCUCAGGCGAUGAAGACUCGCGACACGCUCUAGAUCGUUUCAUCGCAGACUCUCUAGACGAGCUUCAUCAAUUGCAAAGUGAUUCUAUCGCUCAGCAAACAUGUCCUAUUUGCUAUUGUGAAGUCUCAAUGCCGCUUCGGCUCGGUUGCGGCCACGUCUAUUGCACAUCCUGCAUGCGGCAUUUCGUUACGAGCGCUGUUGAUUCGGACAACUUCCCUCUGGUGUGUAUGGGCGAUGAAUCUCGUUGUGCGGCUCCCAUACCCAUCCCAACCAUUCAGCGAUUCCUUCCGCCUGCGUCAUUCAAUCGACUGCUGGAGGUAGUAUUCAACGUACAUAUCUCGAGGCAUCCUCAGGACCUCAAGUAUUGUAAGACUCCGGACUGCACACAGAUCUACCGUUCGACGGCUGAGAACACGGCGAGUAUCCUCAGCUGCCCUUCGUGUUUCUCUGCGGUGUGCACUUCCUGUCACGAGGAACCGCAUGAGGGAAUGAGCUGCGAAGAAUACAGGAUACAGAAGGACCCUGCUGAGCAGGAGCGUUUGAACGAUCGAUGGAUCACUCAGCAGGGAGGUCGGGUCAAGAAAUGUCCGCGUUGCAGCGUGUUGAUCGAGAAGACGGAAGGUUGUAAUCAUAUGUCCUGUCGAUGCGGAGCGCAUAUAUGCUGGCGUUGUCUGGGCGUAUUCACGGCAGAGGAGAUAUAUCCGCAUAUGAACACCGCACACGGCGGUUACUACGAUCAGCCUAUCCUACAGGGACUCGCAGUGGACUACGGUGAGCAAGAGCGGCUUCUGAGGGAAGCAGAACAACAGCGACAAGCUCGAGGUGGAAUACAUAGACGGGACCAGGCCAUGGAAGAGAUUAUGCGACGGCGUGAGCGCUUGGAUGAGGAACAACGUCUCCUUCGAUGGCAACAGGAACUUCGGCAAGCUCGUGAGCGACAGCAAGAAGAGGAGCGUCGGCAGGCCGACGAGAGGAUGCAAGGGGUACGUCGGCUAAUGAGAGAACAGGAGCAACAGGCAAGGAGAGCAGCAGAGCAAGUGAGAGUCCAACAAGAGGAACGAGGAUGGUGUAUGGUCAUGUAG